CCCCUGGGCCGGCGCCGGCGGCCGGAGCGCGGACGGGACCGGGUUCCUUAGGGGUCUCUCGUGCCGGUGGGUGGCGGCGCGCCCGAGACUGAGAAUGGCGGGGCCGGAGUAAGGGUCCCUGCCCCCCGAGCCGGGGCUGGCCCUUCCUUCCCGCCAGCCGGCGCCCGGAGGACCUGUAGGCGGGCCCCGCCCCCUCCCCGGCGCGGACUGCCGGUCGGUCCCCUCCCGCUGGGGACCCCGCGCCCCCGCCCGCGCCAUGAAGCUCCUGAGGAAGGACAUUGAGAAGGACAACGCGGGCCAGGUGACCCUGGUCCCCGAGGAGCCCGAGGACAUGUGGCACACCUACAACCUGGUGCAGGUGGGCGACAGCCUGCGCGCCUCCACCAUCCGCAAGGUGCAGACCGAGUCCUCCACGGGCAGCGUGGGCAGCAGCCGCGUGCGCACCACCCUCACCCUGUGCGUGGAGGCCGUCGACUUCGACUCGCAGGCCUGCCAGCUGCGGGUGCGGGGGACCAACCUCCAGGAGAACGAGUACGUCAAGAUGGGCGCGUACCACACCAUCGAGCUGGAGCCCAACCGCCAGUUCACGCUGGCCAAGAAGCGCUGGGACAGCGUGGUGCUGGAGCGCAUCGAGCAGGCCUGCGACCCGGCCUGGAGCGCCGACGUGGCGGCCGUGGUCAUGCAGGAGGGCCUGGCCCACGUCUGCCUGGUCACGCCCAGCAUGACCCUCACGCGCGCCAAGGUGGAGGUCAGCAUCCCCAGGAAGCGCAGGGGCAACUGCAGCCAGCACGACCGCGCCCUGGAGCGCUUCUACGAGCAGGUGGUCCAGGCCAUCCAGCGCCACAUCCACUUCGACGUGGUCAAGUGCGUGCUGGUGGCCAGCCCGGGCUUCGUGCGGGAGCAGUUCUGCGACUACAUGUUCCAGCAGGCGGUGAAGACGGACAACAAGGUGCUGCUGGAGAACCGGCCCAAGUUCCUGCAGGUCCACGCCUCCUCCGGACACAAGUACUCCUUGAAGGAGGCGCUCUGUGACCCCACGGUGGCCAGCCGCCUGUCGGACACGAAAGCCGCCGGGGAGGUGAAAGCCCUGGACGACUUCUACAAGAUGCUGCAGCACGAGCCCGACCGCGCCUGCUACGGCCUCAAGCACGUGGAGAAGGCCAACGAGGCCAUGGCCAUCGACACCCUGCUCAUCAGCGACGAGCUCUUCCGGCACCAGGACGUGGCCGCCCGGAGCCGGCACGUGCGGCUGGUGGACAGCGUGAAGGAGAACGCGGGCACGGUGAGGAUCUUCUCCAGCCUCCACGUCUCCGGGGAGCAGCUCAGCCAGUUGACCGGGGUGGCCGCCAUCCUCCGCUUCCCCGUCCCCGAACUGUCUGACCAGGAGGAGGACUCCAGCUCCGAAGAAGACUGAGGACGGAGCUCACACUCAGAUGCCGUGCGCCUCCUGCCCGCGGCCUCGUCCCGGCAGCCUCGCGACAGAAGCCGCGCUGAGCGGUGCUCGGGGGCCGGUCACGCGAGGCGGUUUGUGGCUGGCGGGACGUGUAUUUAAAACUGAACAAUAAAUUAAAAGGGAAUAAUCUCCAUGCA